GUGACUGUGGCAGCUCCUGUGUGUAUCGGCACUGAGCGGCGGCUGUGGAGUCCCUACAAACCGGUCUCCUGGGGUCGAACCCAGAAGGAAAAUAUACAGUGCUUAUACGAAGGGGGAAAACAUGGCUUUUGUAAGCAAUGGGACUGAACGCGACGCAGAUGAGGAAGGCUUUGAAGAUGCCUAUGAAAAUAUCCCGGUGGCAUCCAAGAUGGACCUGCGCUGUGCGCUGGAAGAGUGCACCUUGGCUCUCAACCUAUUUCUCAACAAUAAAUUUUCUGAAGCUUUGGAAAUAUUGCGUCCGUGGGCAAAAGAGAGCAUAUACCAUGCUCUUGGUUACAGCACUAUCUUAGUUAUGCAGUCAGCUAUGACCUUCGAGCCACAGGAUGUCCAGAUGGGAAUUAGUACAAUGAAGGAAGCAUUACAGACUUGUCAAAGGUUCAGAAAGAGAACUACAGUUGUUGAGUCACUCUCUAAUCUGGUAUCAAAGCAGUCAGGGGACCAGUUAACUGAAGAGGAGAUGCACGCUGAGAUCUGCUAUGCAGAGUGUCUUUUACAGAAGGCUACGCUGACAUUUGUUCAGGAUGAAAACAUGAUUAACUUUAUCAAGGGUGGAAUGAAAAUCAGGACAAGUUACCAAAUAUACAAGGAGUGCCAUCAACUAUACAGUCUAGCAGUAACUCAGGGCAAAACGUGUAGUGACACACACCACCAAUUUGAAGGGGGCGUCAAACUAGGAAUUGGUGCAUUUAACCUGAUGCUUUCCCUUUUGCCUUCAAGGGUUCUCAGACUUCUGGAAUUCAUUGGAUUUUCAGGCAACAGGGAAUUUGGCCUUUCUCAGCUACGUGAAGGGGCAUCUGGCAAUAGUAUACGAGCAAUAUUAUGUGUCCUAACCCUCUUAUUCUACCAUACCUAUAUUUCAACAAUACUUGGUACAGGGGAAGCCAAUCUUGAAGAAGCAGAAGCGCUACUUGAACCCUACCUCAAAAAAUUUCCCAACGGAUCUAUAAUCCUGUUUUAUGCUGCCAGGAUAGACAUACUCAAAGGACGUUUUGAACAGGCUCAGGAGACAUUCCAGAAAUGCAUUGUUUCUCAACAAGAGUGGAAGCAGAUCCACCAUCUUUGUUACUGGGAGCUAAUGUGGUGCCAUUCUUUCCAGCAAGAUUGGCUUCAGGCAUAUCGCUAUGCAGAUUUGCUCUGCAAAGAAAGCAAAUGGUCUAAGGCGACAUAUGUGUUUCAAAAGGCAGCAAUCCUGAGCAUGCUUCCAGAUGACGUGGUUAAAACAACAGGAGAGGAUAUUGUAGCUUUGUUCAGGCAAGUGGAGGGUUUGAAACAAAGGAUUGCAGGAAAGUCCAUCCCGACAGAAAAAUUUGCAGUGCGGAAGUCCCGACGAUAUGCCUCUGACAAUCCUGUGAAAUUGACACUGCCUGCACUGGAAAUGGUGUAUGUAUGGAAUGGAUUCACAAUAGUGGGUAAAAGGCCUGACCUUACAGAAAAUGUGUUAGUUACCAUCGAAAAAGCAGAAGUUGCUUUACAAAGUGAGAAAAAUCCAUCAGAAUACCAUCCCGAUGACCUGUGUCUUGUUCAGUUGCUGAAGGGUGUUUGUUUGAAACACCUGGGUAGAUUAUUACAGGCAGAACUUUGUUUUAAUCAAGUGAUACAGAGUGAAAAGAGGGUGAAGUACGACCACUACUUGCUUCCAUUCACAUUUUAUGAAUUAGGACUCCUUUAUAAAGAUCAAGGGGACAGAGACAAAGCCAUACGUUACAUAGAAACGGCAAAGAGCAACUACAAAGACUAUUCCCUGGAGUCCAGACUACAUUUCAGAAUCCACGCAGCGCUCAGUAGUUUAAAAGGCUCACCAGUUUCAACUCCUUCAACUCCACAAUAACCAUUGAACAUCUUAAAUUCAAAAAUAAUCAUCUUUGAUAAAGAGGAGAAACCAAACUUAUAAUAAUUUUAAUGUAAUGUUUUCCUGUGUGAUUUUUUUUUCGUGUCACAUGUAGCUGUUAUUCUCCAGUGGUGACUGUACUAUCGCAGCAUAUAGAAAUUUAUAUCUAUGUUCUAUACGUUAAAGAGAGAGAGAGAGAGAGAUAAAUAUAUAUAUAUAUUUUGUUUCAUGACAAAAAAAAAUACAUUUAUGCUGGUUCUGACUUAAAAGACUAUAUUUCAGACAUUUCCUGAUGCAAUAAAGUCAGAUAAAA